AUGCGCUCGCAACUUGUCGCCGCCGCCUUGGUUCCGCAACUUCUCGGUGCCGGUGCCGGGGCCGUCUCGCUAUGGGAACCCACCGGUCCCUACCACGUCGGCUACACCCAACAUGUCUUUAACCACUCGACUCCGGUUGACCCAACGCCAAACCCGGGGAUACUGCUUGUAACAAUCUACUACCCCACGCUCCAGGCGCCCAACACCACCGCUCCCUACGUCGACGCCACCACGGCGCAGAUAUACGAACCGGCCUUCGGCGUCCCCAACGGCUCUCUCUCCACCGUGACAACCCAGCUCCAAUACCAGGCCCCCACCCUCCUCGGCACCCACCCGGCCUUCGCCAACGGCUCGUCGCCGUACCCGACGCUCAUCUUCACCCCGGGCGCGGGCGGCUUCGUCGGCAUCUACAAGGCCUACCUCAGCGAGCUGGCGUCGCACGGCUUCACCGUCGUCGGCAUCGACCACCCGGGCGAAGCCCUGUACACGGCCCUGCCGCCUGAUGACGGCGACGACGACGACGACACGGCACCCGCCGGCGUCGCCGGCUCGCCCGCCAUCAUGAGCGGCGCCGCCCCCGCCGAGACGUACCGCCAGAUCUACCGCUACCGCGUGUCCGACGUGCAGGCCGUCCUGGCCGCCCCAAUCCUGCCCGCCCUCGUCGCCAAAACCGGCGCCCCCUUCAACACCACCCACCUGGCCGUGUGGGGCCACAGCAUCGGCGGCGCCGGGGCCGCCGGCGUCAUCAUCGCCGCGCAGGAGCAGCAGCAGCAGGCCGCCGACAACCAGACCGCGUCCAACAACAAGGACAACCGCAUCCGCGCCGCCGCCAACCUCGACGGCACCUUCCAGCACCUGCUCGCGCUCAGCCCCAACGGCAGCGUCAGCCACCCGGACCCCUCGGCCCCGAACCCAGACCUGCGCACGCCGUUCCUGGAGCUGGCGAGCGCGCGCUUCGGCGGCCGCGAGGACGGCGGCAGCGACGCGACGUGGGCGCUGUUCAACAGCAACCAGACGAGCGCGUGGCUGCGCGACGUCUACGUCAACGGCACCGCCCAUCUCGACUACUGCGACCUGCCGCUGCUGGUCGACGGGCUGGGGCUGAGGGGCAGCGCCGCCGUUGCCGCGCAGGUGGGCAGCAUUGCGGGGAGGAAGGUGACGGAGGUGGUGACGGGGCUGUUGGUGAGGUUUUUUAAUGAGAUGGUGGGUGGUGGCGUCCCAAUGGGCGGGGUGCCUGGCAGUGCGGAUGAGUUUAUUGACGCGACGCCCGAGGCGAUUGUGCUUGCGGAGAGGAAUUGA